CCCGCCCUCCCCGCUGCCUGCAGCUUCGGCCACCUUCGAGGACUUCCAGAUCCGCCCGCACGCACUCACGGUGCACUCCUACCGAGCGCCCGCCUUCUGCGACCACUGCGGGGAGAUGCUCUUCGGGCUGGUGCGGCAGGGCCUCAAGUGUGAUGGCUGCGGACUGAACUACCACAAGCGCUGUGCCUUCAGCAUCCCCAACAACUGCAGCGGGGCCCGCAAGCGGCGCCUGUCAUCCACGUCUCUGGCCAGCGGCCAUUCGCUGCGCCUCAUCUUCCCUCGCCCUCCCACCUCCUUAUCCUCUGUCCUCCUCUCAGACUGCAAGUUUAACUGCCACAAACGCUGCGCCACCCGCGUCCCCAACGACUGCCUGGGAGAGGCGCUCAUCAAUGGAGAUGUGCCGAUGGAGGAGGCCACCGAUUUCAGCGAGGCUGACAAGAGCGCCCUGAUGGAUGAGUCCGACGACUCCGGGAUCAUCCCAGGCUCCCACUCGGAAAAUGCCCUCCACGCCAGUGAGGAGGAGGAGGCCGAGGGAGGCAAGGCCCAGAGCUCCCUAGGGUACAUCCCCCUGAUGAGGGUGGUGCAGUCAGUGCGACACACGACUCGGAAAUCCAGCAGCACGCUGCACGAGGGCUGGGUGGUUCAUUACAGCAACAAGGACACGCUGAGGAAGCGGCACUAUUGGCGCCUGGACAGCAAGUGCAUCACACUCUUCCAGAACAACACGACCAACAGAUACUACAAGGAAAUCCCGCUGUCGGAGAUCCUCACCGUGGAGCCCGCCCAGAACUUCAGCCUCGUGCCCCCAGGCACCAACCCACACUGCUUCGAGAUCGUCACUGCCAAUGCCACCUACUUCGUGGGCGAGACGCCGGGCGGGGCCCCAGGAGGGCCCAGUGGACAGGGGGCCGAGGCUGCCCGGGCCUGGGAAACGGCCAUCCGCCAGGCCCUGAUGCCCGUCAUCCUCCAGGAUGCGCCCAGCGCCCCAGGCCACGUGCCCCACAGACAAGCUUCUCUGAGCAUCUCCGUGUCUAACAGUCAGAUCCAAGAGAAUGUGGACAUCGCCACUGUCUACCAGAUCUUCCCAGACGAGGUACUGGGCUCGGGGCAAUUCGGAGUGGUCUAUGGCGGAAAGCACCGGAAGACCGGCCGGGACGUGGCGGUCAAGGUCAUCGACAAGCUGCGCUUCCCCACCAAGCAGGAGAGCCAGCUCCGGAACGAAGUGGCCAUUCUGCAGAGCCUGCGGCACCCGGGGAUCGUGAACCUGGAGUGCAUGUUCGAGACGCCCGAGAAGGUGUUCGUGGUGAUGGAGAAGCUGCAUGGGGACAUGUUGGAGAUGAUCCUCUCCAGCGAGAAGGGCCGGCUGCCCGAGCGCCUCACCAAGUUCCUCAUCACCCAGAUCCUGGUGGCUUUGAGACACCUGCACUUCAAGAACAUUGUCCACUGUGACCUGAAACCAGAAAACGUGUUGCUGGCGUCAGCCGACCCGUUUCCCCAGGUGAAGCUGUGCGACUUCGGCUUCGCGCGCAUCAUCGGCGAGAAGUCCUUCCGGCGCUCGGUGGUGGGCACGCCCGCCUACCUGGCGCCCGAGGUGCUGCUCAACCAGGGCUACAACCGCUCGCUGGACAUGUGGUCCGUGGGCGUGAUCAUGUACGUCAGCCUCAGCGGGACGUUCCCCUUCAACGAGGAUGAGGACAUCAACGACCAGAUCCAGAACGCGGCCUUCAUGUACCCGGCGUGUCCCUGGAGCCACAUCUCAGCGGGAGCCAUAGACCUCAUCAACAACCUGCUGCAGGUGAAGAUGCGCAAGCGCUACAGCGUGGACAAGUCUCUCAGCCACCCGUGGUUACAGGAGUACCAGACCUGGCUGGACCUCCGAGAGCUGGAGGGGAAGAUGGGCGAGCGGUACAUCACAUUCUCUGAAUUUCGCAAGUCUUGA